GCUGUUUCUCUGCUAUGGAUCAGUGUGAGGACAGAGAGGAGGGAGUCCCUCCCUCUAAAAGCUCUCUGUGUGGGGAACAUGACAGCCAGACCAAAGCUCAGAGGAUGCAGCAGCAGAGAGCAGACUCUCCUGAACCCAGCUGUGUGUCCAUGAAGAGUGACUGGUCUAUGGGUCAUCCUAUGACGUUUAAAGAUGGACAACCAGCUGAUGGAAGGAUGCAGCAGCAGAGAGCAGACUCUCCUGAACCCAGCUGUGUGUCCAUGAAGAGUGACAGGUCUAUGGGUCGUGGUAUUACGUUUAAAUAUGGACAACCUGCUGAUGGAAGAGUUCAGCAGCAGAGCUCAGAGGUUCCCAGUGAUCAGUCUACACAGCAGCAUCAAACACAGCUGGACUCCAUAUUUAUGCUGCUGGAGGAGAACAUCGUCACUUUUGUGAAGAACGAGCUGAAGAGAGUCCAGAGGGGUCUGAGCCCAGAUGACCCAGAAUGCUUAAAGAGUCAGAGUGAGGAUGAGGAGGUGUUGGACGGUGAGGAGGAAGAGCAGAGGAGGAGCAGCAGAGAGGCAUUUCUGAAGAUCACACUGCACUUCCUGAGGAGAAUGAAGCAGGAGGAUCUGGCUGACUGUCUGCAGAGCAGAACUCGUGCUGCAAAGUGUCGACGUAAACUCAAGUCUAACCUGGAGAAGAAGUUCCAGUGUGUGUUUGAGGGGAUCGCUAAAGCAGGAAACCCAACCCUUCUGAAUCAGAUCUACACACCGCUCUACAUCACAGAGGGAGGGACUGCAGAGGUUAAUGAUGAACAUGAGAUCAGACAGAUUGAAACAGCAUCCAGGAAACCAGACAGACCAGAAACAACAAUCAGAGAAGAAGACAUCUUUAAAGCCUCACCUGGAAGAGAUGAACCAAUCAGAACAGUGAUGACAAAGGGAGUGGCUGGCAUUGGGAAAACAGUCUUAACACAGAAGUUCACUCUGGACUGGGCUGAAGACAAAGCCAACCAGGACAUACACUUCACAUUUCCAUUCACUUUCAGAGAGCUGAAUGUGCUGAAAGAGAAAAAGUACAGCUUGGUGGAACUUGUUCAUCACUUCUUUACUGAAACCAAAGAAGCAGGAAUCUGCAGGUUUGAAGAGUUCCAGGUUGUGUUCAUCUUUGACGGUCUGGAUGAGUGUCGACUUCCUCUGGACUUCCACAACACUGAGAUCCUGACUGAUGUUACAGAGUCCACCUCACACCGGCAAAUCCUGACUGAUGUUACAGAGUCCACCUCAGUGGAUGUGCUGCUGACAAACCUCAUCAGGGGGAAACUGCUUCCCUCUGCUCGCCUCUGGAUAACCACACGACCUGCAGCAGCCAAUCAGAUCCCUCCUGAGUGUGUCGGCAUGGUGACAGAGGUCAGAGGGUUCACCGAACCACAGAAGGAGGAGUACUUCAGGAAGAGAUUCAGAGAUGAGGAGCAGGCCAGCACCAUCAUCUCCCACAUCAAGACAUCACGAAGCCUCCACAUCAUGUGCCACAUCCCAGUCUUCUGCUGGAUCACUGCUACAGUUUUGGAGGAUGUGUUGAAAAGCAGAGAGAGAGGAGAGCUGCCCAAGACCCUGACUGAGAUGUACAUCCACUUCCUGGUGCUUCAGUCCAAACUGAAGAACAUCAAGUAUGAUGGAGGAGCUGAGACAGAUCCACACUGGAAUAAGAAGAGCAGGAAGAUGAUUAAGUCUCUGGGAAAACUGGCUUUUGAGCAGCUGCAGAAAGGCAACCUGAUCUUCUAUGAAUCAGACCUGACAGAGUGUGGCAUCGAUAUCAGAGCAGCCUCAGUGUGCUCAGGAGUGUUCACACAGGUCUUUAAAGAGGAGAGAGGGCUGUACCAGGACAAGGUGUUCUGCUUCGUCCAUCUGAGCGUUCAGGAGUUUCUGGCUGCUCUUCAUGUCCAUCUGACAUUCAUCAAGUCUGGAGUCAAUCUGCUGGAAAAAGAACAAACAACAUCCUGGUCUGAAGUUUUCAAAGACAAAUCAACACAUCUCUACCAGAGUGCUGUAGACGAGGCCUUAAAGAGUCCAAAUGGACACCUGGACUUGUUCCUCCGCUUCCUCCUGGGUCUUUCACUGCAGACCAAUCAGACUCUCCUACGAGGUCUGCUGACACAGACAGGAAGUAGCUCAAAGACCAAUCAGAAAACAGUUGAGUACAUCAAGAAGAAGAUCAGUGAGAAUGUGUCUGCAGAGAGAAGCAUCAAUGUGUUCCACUGUCUGAAUGAACUGAAUGAUCGUUCUCUAGUGGAGGAGAUCCAACAGUCCCUGAGAUCAGGAAGUCUGUCCACAGAUAAACUGUCUCCUGCUCAGUGGUCAGCUCUGGUCUUCAUCUUACUGUCAUCAGAAAAAGAUCUGGAUGUGUUUGACCUGAAGAAAUACUCUGCUUCAGAGGAGGCUCUUCUGAGGCUGCUGCCAGUGGUCAAAGCCUCCAACAAAGCUCUGUUGAGUGACUGUAACCUCUCCGAGAGAAGCUGUGCAGCUCUGUCCUCAGUUCUCAGCUCCCAGUCCUCUAGUCUGAGAGAACUGGACCUGAGUAAUAACAAGCUUCAGGAUUCAGGAGUGAAGAAGCUGUCUGCUGGACUGGAGAGUCCAAACUGUACACUGGAAACUCUCAGACUGAGUGACUGUAACUUCUCAAAGAGAAGCUGUGAAGCUCUGUCCUCAGUUCUCAGCUCCCAGUCCUCUAGUCUGAGAGAUCUGGACCUGAGUAAUAACAAGCUUCAGGAUUCAGGAGUGAAGAAGCUGUCUGCUGGACUGGAGAGUCCACACUGUGGACUGGAAACUCUCAGACUGAGUGGCUGUAACCUCUCGGAGAGAAGCUGUGCAGCUCUGUCCUCAGUUCUCAGCUCCCAGUCCUCUAGUCUGAGAGAUCUGGACCUGAGUAACAAUGACCUGCAGGAUUCAGGAGUGAAGCAGCUUUCUGCUGGACUGGAGAGUCCACACUGUGGACUGGAAACUCUCAGUCUGUCAGCAUGUCUGAUCACAGAGGAAGGCUGUGCUUCUCUGGCCUCAGCUCUGAGCUCCAACCCCUCCCAUCUGAAGGAGCUGGACCUGAGCUACAAUCAUCCAGGAGACUCAGGAGAGAAGCUUCUGUCUGCUGGACUGAAGGAUCCACACUGGAGACUGGACACUCUCAGGAUGGACCAUGGUGGACUGCAGAGACUGAAACCUGGUGUGAGGAAGUAUGCCUGUGAACUGGAACUGGAUCCAAACACAAUGAACAGAAACCUCAAACUGUCUGACAACAACAGGAAGGUGACAUAUGUGAUGGAGGAGGAUCAGUCAUAUCCUGCUCAUCCAGACAGAUUUGACUCCUGGCCUCAGCUGCUGUGUAGAAAUGAUCUGACUGGUCGCUGUUACUGGGAGGUCGAGUGGAGAGGAAGAGUUUCUAUAUCAGUGAGUUACAGAGGAAUCAAAAGGAAAGGAGACAGAGCUGACUGUUGGUUUGGAAUGAACAAUCAGUCCCGGAGUCUGAACUGCUCGGAUGAUUAUGGUUACUCUGUCUGUCACAAUAACAGAACAACACCCAUCUCCUCCUCCUCCUCCUCUGUCUCUAACAGAGUAGCAGUGUAUGUGGACUGUCCUGCUGGCACUCUGUCCUUCUACAGAGUCUCCUCUGACACACUGAUCCACCUCCACACCUUCAACACCACAUUCACUGAACCUCUGUAUUCUGGGUUUGCAGUCUGGUCAUAUGAUUCCUCAGUGUCUCUGUGUCCUCUGUAGGAGGGAGAGUCUCUCUGUGUCUCUGUAGGAGGGAGAGUCUCUCUGUGUCCUCUGUAGGAGGGAGAGUCUCUCUGUGUCUCUGUAGGAGGGAGAGUCUCUCUGUGUCUCUGUAG